AUGGCGCGCCCGCAGUCGUCGUUCCGAUGUGCCCUUUGUCACGUCGAUGCACCUAUACAGCCAAUUGACGUCUCUGGACAAUCCUGUGGUUUCUCAGGCGGUCCACCUUGCCCUGCAUGUAGCGAAUUGAAAAAUGUCGACGACAAAAUCCACGACACGGUGGUUAUUCUUCAAAAGCUACUCGAAAAGCAAAAUGUACUCAAAGACAAGCGGAAUCAGUACCACGACCGACUCACCAACCACCUCCCCCUCGAACUCGUCGUUCGCAUGUUUGGGUUCGCGAUAAAGCAGCUCCCGUUCUACGGUUAUAAGGCUAGCAUGAGCUUUCAGCACCAUCAGAUUCAUAUGUGGGAUUCGUGUGGCCACACACCGUGGACGCUGUCGACAGUCUGCAAGACUUGGAAAGAUAUCAUCUGGGCGACUCCGCAGCUCUGGACAUCAGUUUCAAUCAACACUGCGUAUAUACCGACGGAGUACAUGACGUUCGCCAAGGAAUGGCUUCGGCGUUCUGGCAGGCUGCCCAUCAACCUCACUCUAUACGAAGGCUGUUGGAACGACCGGAACUACAUAGGUGAGGAGGCUAGUGUGGUGAAGGCUUUAUUUGACAUCGUCAAUGCAUCGUCGCCGCGUUGGAGGUCGUUGGCUGUGUCUGUUUCCGACCGUCAUCUAAAAUACCUUUCCGGAGACCCUGGCGGGAUUUCGAGGUUGGAGGAUCUACACUUCGAACAAUACCCAGGGUUUCGCAACGAGAUUCGGGAAACUUCAAUUUUCUGCCCGCACAGCAAGCCUUCCCCGCAGAGGGUCUUCGCGGAGCGCGUCCACUUCAAGAGCAUCGGGAUUGUGUGGGACCAUGUCACGCAGGUUGAAUUAUCUUCGUGUCCACCCGUCGACUGCUUGAAAGUCCUCUGCCACGCUCCCCAAACAACACACCUUACUCUCGGCUACCUUGAUGAUGAUAACCCACAGGUGGCAGCGCCGACUACGGAGCCCCUCCUCUACAAGCAACUCCAAUUUCUCAAGAUCCGCUCGACUUGCAAGACUAUUGGUUUCCUAUUCGAUAGUCUUACCCUGCCUUCCCUCCGCGAACUCUACAUUUCAGGUCACCUCUCUCAAGCUGCCGCCCUUGUGGCGCGAUCUGGUUGCCCCGUCACCCAUCUGCAUCUCGAGGAGCAAUUUACGCAUCAGCUCGACCCCGAGCAUCAUCUUCUCGACCUCCUCGAGCAUCUUCCCUCCGUCACCGAGCUCGUUCUCGAAAAACCCCACCUGUCGGACACCUUUUUCGAUCGACUUGGACCUUAUGGUCUAAUAGAGGGAGACCCAGAGCUCCUCCCAGGGCUCCGUUCGCUCAAGAUUUCUCGGUGUGCCGUGUCCUUCCAGUGGCAGUCUGUUGCCCGGAUGUUCGAACGCGACCCUGAAGCGCCUGAGGUGUGGCCGCGUCGGGCUCUGAGAUCAUUGGAGGUGACGGAACUUGAAGACAUGAGGAGAGGGGAUUAUUACGGCUCCGAAAGGUCUGAUUCUUGGUACGUCGAACAGCGCCGCCGGCGUCUUGAAUCUCUCCAAAUUCCAGAAGAGGUGGUACGAAGUCUUCUCGAGAUCCACGAAAAUGGUGUAGAGAUGAGGAUUACAGAUGAUCGUCGCAAUGACCUGCUCCCCCUCUGGUAUUGA